CGUUAAUGUUGUUUUUAUUGGCCUCGCUGAGUUUGUAUGGCACUGCACUUAACUACCCCUAUGUUAAUGAUAUGCUGUAUUUACAAGAUUAAAAGUUCCUGCCGAAUUAUGAAUACGGUAUGAAUCAAAAUUUCUCACAGGUAGUAGUUAGGUCUGUUCAGCGUUUGUUAUUCCAUGUUCUGCGUACGUACAACUUCCAUUUUCACUGUAAUUUUCUACUGUGGUAGUUAUCAGGAAAGUUGUGUCCCUUUAGGUUUCCCUGUAGAUUCUAUGCUACCUUGGGUCUGUACAGUAUAGGUCACAUAGGACGUCAAAAUGCGGAAAGAACAUCAAUGACACUGUGCCACUUUUUUGUUUUUACCACAUUUUGACUUUAAUCUAUCACUGAACAGACGCACGUUCAAAAUUCUUUUGCUCUAAGGUACAGCUAGUUCAAAAUUGAGACUGUAUACUACAGAUUGCAUAUUAAAUGCAGACUAGGUACCAAAGGCAGACUGCAGACGAGGACCAAAAUAUUGAUAGCAUAUUGUAGACAGGGUACAAAAUGCAGACUGCACAUUACAGACCAGUAGAAAAUAAAGACAGCACGUCGCAGACUGGGUACAAAAUGCAGACUGUGGAUUGCAGUCUGGGUACAAAGUGUAGGGAUAAUCAACACUUUUUUAAUUUUUAUUUGCAUAACUUGUGUUAUGUGUAUUGUCAAUUGCAUUCUUUUGGAGUUUUUUUGCCUAAUGUCCUUAAAUGUACUUCUCAAACAAAGUGUUAAAGUUUUCUUUAAGCCUUCACAGUUGUGUACAGGUGCUUUGAUUAUGCAGUACAUUAAGUGUUAUCAGAUCAUAUAAAAAAAACAGUAUAAUUUGGGGUUGAAUUUUUUAAGUGUCAUCUUGUUACAAAGAUAUGCUUGAAAUGGUGGUCAAAACAAGCAUAUUCUAAUGACUCAAGAAAAUUUGUCAACAAAUGCAAAUUGUCAUGGAAGACAAAUGGCUAGUUAUUAAAUGUCACCACUUCUAAGGUAAAUUAAAAAUGAAAUACUGUUUGUUAUCAGCCUGCAUUUUGUACCUACAGUAAAGCUCAAAGAUAAAAGGGGCCAAAAUAUGCAAAACUUAGAGGAGUAAGGUCCAAGACCAGAUACAUACUAAUCUUGUACCUUGUCUAUCCUUAUCUAUCCUCAGAAGAGUGUAUGUAUUUAGUAUGUAUAAGAUAGCCUAAAACUAUUCCCUAUAUUAUCAGGAUUUGUUGGUAAAAUUUUUAAUGCAGUUGGUUCGUUUUUCAGGGAAAAGUCAGGGAAAUUUAAAAAACCUGAUUGUGGCAAUCAUGCCACAGAUUGUUCACAGACAAUAGACAAUUCUUGGCCUUGAUGCUUGUUAUCAUACAAAAACUAAAUCCAUUAAUUGUUAAUAGUAAUGCUCCAGUUUAUCUUGACACCCAUUGAGGCACUGUCUUUUUGUAAACCAAGGCAUGUUUGCAUUGCCAUAGCUAUUUUUGGAUGAGAGAAGGGAGGAUUUAGAGCCCUCUUUGACCCAUUGCCUCUCUGUAUUUAUAUCUGUGUGACUUGCACUGGAACUUAUCAUUUAGAACUUAAGUCAUGUUUUUUUCUAGUUUUGUUUUUUAAUCACAAUUUAUCCUGUCAUUCUUAUACCUUCAUAUAGCAUUCUUCAAGAUUUUUUUAUUUCUUUAUUUUUUCACCAUAUUAGAGAGUAGAAAGUGAGCUCCUCAGCCUUAGUGGAUCUUACCGGAAUCCUUACGGUGAGUCACAUGACAGAACCUAUGUAACACUACGUGUUCCAGGCUGACAAGUUAUUCUGCUGAUUCAUUUCUCUGUAGUUCUAUUUUUCUAUCUAUUGUAAUCUUGUAAUCUGAUCCAGAUCUCCCUUAAUCUCUGUCCCAGUGCCUUCAAUAAAACUUGAAGUAGGUGGCUACCUCAGUAAAGCAGCCCCUGGAAAAUAAUAUCGUUAGCCCAUUAGUUCCAUUUAGAAUAUUAGCUGGCUUCAAACAAAGUAUGUUUAAAGUCAACCAAAAGAACUAUAAAAUAUCUCAAUGUGUUCAUUUAAAAGCUUCCAAAAAGUCAGAAAGAUCCAGAAGGAUGGUAAUUGUCCAACAUCACAUAAUACUAAACACUUUCAUUAGGGAGUCUACAAAAGCAAUACAAAAUAAUAUCUUGUGUGUAUCAAAUUUCCAUAUGCAUAUGUUCUCAAAUUUUGAUGAUAGAGUCUAAUCCUUUCUUCACCUUGCCAAGCCAGAUUCUAUGGUUUUCUUUUUACAAGUACAUCACACUUUGACUCACAGUUGCUUAACCCUUUAACUCCUAGAUCAAAUUUGUAAUUCUCCUUACUGUCAACCAUACAAUUCUUAGAAUGUUAUUUCAGAUAAUUUGGUAUUGGAUCAACUAAUUAUCCCCAAAUUGAAAUUUUUCUUUUUUCUCAUCAUUUAUUGGGUUAAUAUUACAUUUAAAGGAGAAAUUCUGUCGUGGUCACUCAUGGGAGUUAAAGGGUUACAGUAUUUACAUUUUAAUGCCAUGAUCUUUGAUGACAGUGUCUUCUUCUGCUUGUUAUUUGAAACAAAUCCUUAUUUGAUAUAUUUUUGUUCUGUAAAUUUGUCUUGAAUGUGGCAAAGUAUAUCCAACAAUUCACGACAGAAUACCCGCUAGAACUCUGGUCAGUACAGCAUCUUAUUGAAAGCACCACUGUCCAUGGUCACAGUAGUCCUUCCUUAAGUCUAUGAAAAAGUGUAUGCAAAAAUUAAAACAGUUAUUUCUGCACACGUCUACGUAAAAGGAAUUCAAGAGAGAGGAAAAACAUUUAAAAUUGUUUUCUGGCUUAGAAUUAGUUCAUUUCAUGUAAAAAUAGGAUGAAGGUUUGGAAAAUGCUGCAAGAGGCAGACCUUCCAGCUGGCAGGCAUCAUUAUUAGGUAUAUUGUGUCAGUGUAAAAAGAAAAUAUUCUUUUCAGUAAUUUGUGUUUCAUUAAAUGUGAUCACAUUUUUAUUGGCAGAACAUGGCUAAAAAAUGAUGUGUUAUUUUUCCUUACUGGAUGAGCGGUCAGAGUGCUCCAAACUAGUUUGUUUGUCACAUUUUAGUCAUGAUAGCCAUGGCUUUUAUGUGAACUGUUGAACUUCUAAGGGUGGUUUUGUCACAGAAAUACAGUGUACCAAGCAAUUUGAAGAAAGGGAGCUAUUUAUGUUCUUUUGACUUUCUAUACUUAAAAUUUCCUAUAAAAGGGUAAAAAAAUUCAUUGUAAAUUUUAAGGUGCUAUAGUGGAGAACUACCUUCCCCAGCACUAUAGAGUUUUAUCCAUUGUCAGUUGAGUAGUACUCUUGGUUGCAGCCCUGUACAAUAUUGUUAAACAAAGAAUAUCAUAUUAAUGGCUUUGGUACCAUUUCAAUGCAGUGUCCUUGUACUAUUAGUGCUUCACACAAUCUUUGCGUCUCAUACCAUUUAAACCUACACUGUGCAUCCUAUGUAGAUCAUGGAAGGAGUAAGGAUGACAGUCCAAAGACAGUAAGUUACCAGUUGAACACAAUUCUUUUUACUGAGUGGAAGUUUCUUAAUCAAUAAACUUAGGUUAGGGUUUCUUGAAAUGCAAGUAAAGACUAGCAACAUGAAGAAGAACCAAUUGUUCCAGUGUUCAAAUAGGAUGGCUCCUAAAAGAGCUGGUUUUGUUCAUAAAUAUUUGCUUCUAUUUCUUGCUCUUGGGUGGCUUUGGACCUUCACUAAUAGUCACUGCAUGUGCUUAAAAAAUGUCACCAUCCAGUUGUCUUGGAUGAGUAGAUUUCCAUCUCAGGCAAGUAAAUUUCUCUGCCCACUUGUCCACUGUGCAAGCACCCCAGGAAAUCAACCAUUUGAUUGAGUAACAAAGCAAGUGCCAAAAUUUUAAAUCAUAAUGGAUCUCAAACAUCAAAAGGUUGCAUGAUUUAAAUAGUUAUAUAUCAUUCACUGAGAGUAAUGGUACUCAUGUUUAUUUCAAUUAUCUGUGCUAAUUAACAAUGUGCUAAAUUUUGUUCUGCAAAAAUAAUUACCUACAGAACAUGUCAUGUUUUGUAGCAUUGUUAAAGCUCAGCUCAGCAGAAUAAACCCAAUUGUUAUAAUUUAUAUACACCAAGAAAGUAAACCAACUUAGAGAAAUUUGAAAAACAGUCUUGUUUCUGAAUUUCAUUAGGUUUUAAGACAUAUUCUAUUUUCUUCUGAUGAGAAAAAACCUCCUUCCCCUAAAGGAAAUGACUUUCUUAUAAAAUCUGGCUAUUUCUUUGUUGUUCCUGCAAUUGGAAGGUCCUUUGUCAUAUUUGGCAAAAUGGUUUCCUAGCACAUGUCCAACAUUUUCUGGUAACCAAAUUUCUUUGUGUUUUUAUCAAAACAAAUUAGAAUGGUUUGCAAACAGUAAAAGUAUUUUCAAUUUAGAUAAUCUUAGUGAAUUCAUGCACAUGUACAUUUGUUGAGGCAACCAAAAUGAGGCAAAUUUCUGAGACUCUACUUGUGAUAUCUUUUGAUUUCUUUGCAAAAGCUUUUUUCUCAAAAUUUGAGUUGCCUAACUGGGGGUGCAGCUAAUCUGACAGUGUGGCUUAUAGAUUUGUGUUUUCAUUAUUUUUUCUUCUGAAAGGCAGGUGUGAUGGCUGAUUGGGGUGCAAUCAACCGUAGGCUUAUGUAUCAUGGUUAUCAACCUGUCAUGGUGUUUCCAUCAGGUCAAUUGCAAGAAAGUCAUGGAGGUAAUGUUAUGUUUCCCGUACCAAUAUAUGCAUAUGCAUCAGUACUGUACACUGUGACCACAAAAGUAAACUUCAGACUUUGACACUAACUUAUUUUUAAUUUACCCUCUAAGGAACCAGGUCCCUAGUUUAAUUGCCCAAGUGUUGUAACAGCUGUCUUUUUUAUUAUUAGUAUUAUUACCCAUCACCUCAUAAACAUACUAUCUCAAAACAUUGUUGAGGUCUGUUAUGUUAACUCAUUUCUACCUUUGUUUUAAAGCUUGCCAUUGAUUUUGGAAACAGCAGUUUCUAACAUUUCUUCAACUUCUGCCUCCAUAGCAGCUGUUGCUUUAGAGGAGCUUUCAUCCAAGAAUUUACAGAACACUUUGGACAAGUUGAUGACUGAGAGUGACCGAAGGCAGUCAAUGGUGCAGGAGCUAAUCAGCUCUUCAACCAGAAUUCAGUAAGUAUUUUGAAUUAUCAUUUUUCACAUAACACUUGAUGUUUUAUUGGACUAGUUAAGUAUAGCCUUUAAUUGACAGAUACUGUAACUGACUUUUUUUAUUCCUGACUGUGCAUAAGAAAUAUGGAUACUUAAAUUAUAAAUCUUUACCAAAUCCAUGAAAUAUAAAUGUCCAGUUUGUCAAGUUUAGUAACCCUUUACACCCUGACAUAUUUUCCUUACUAUACACAUCUUCUUUCUUAUGUUACUGACAAGUAAAUAAUAGUCAAAAGCUACAUAAGUUGGUGAUCAUUUUGUUUAUUUCCUUGACCUUUGAUGUCUGGGUAAUACUAUAAGGAGAAAUUUUAUGCUAGUACUCUUACAGGUAGAAAGGUUGGGUAUGUUUACAAGCUUAUCUCUCCUGUAUUUUUAAAUCAAUUGAAGGAGAGAUGCCGAUGAAGAAAGGGAAAGGGUUUAUCGUCAUGAAAUGGAGGUGUGUAUAGAAUUGUGGUACUAUCCACACAACUCAAACCUGGAAAUUUAUGAUGUUCAAAAGCUGCAAUUGGCACAUUUCCAAGAUGCAUUCCCUCAAUAAUUCACUUACACAAGGCUUUGUGUUGUUGUAUUUUCUGAUUGUCAGCAUCCAUCCUUUUGUGAUUCCUUCAGUUUAUGCUGCUGUACAAGAAAGUCUUCUCCCAUUUGGUAGAAAACCCUGAUGAUGGAUUUAAAUAAACAUUGCACCCAGGGAAUUUUUAGUUCCAUAAAACAUUCUUUUUACCUAGUACCCAAAUUUUCAGAUUCACAAGGUUACUUAUUACCUGACAAUCUCCCCUUCUUGGUGUUUAACUAUUAUUGUCUUAGUUAGUAAUGAACAAUAACUGUGUAAAUUGGAUACUAACGAGAGUCCCAUGAACCUGGACUAACAUUGGUUUGACCACAAAAAUAGUUUACAUCUAAUUCUCUUGCUGGGAGUCACACAUGGUUUGGUAAAAAGUGCAAUUUGCUCAAAUGACGCUCCCAACACAGGGAAAAAACCUUGAUACCUCAUUACUUUGUGACCUUUGGGGUAAUUAUGAUUAUUAUUAUUUCAUCUGUAAUUUUUAUUUUAGAGCAAACUGGGAUUAGAAUUAGUUAUUUAUAUAUUCCUCAUAGAUCAGGGAUCUAAAAAGAAAACUGGAAGAAGAAAAGCUUAAAGUUCAGGUUAGGCAUAACUAUAUGAUUACUUCAAAUGUAAAUACUUAAAAAAUGCAAGUGUAGAAUAAUUUUAGCACAUGCAUACCAAUUUUUAUCCCCAUAGACCAGAGAUGAGGAUAAGCACAAAAAAAUAUUGCAAUACUUGUUUGAUGAACAUUGCAUCUACUUUUAUGAUCAUGACAGUGAAAUAUUAUGCUUAAAAGGGCUCAGUGUACAACUUCAGUUCACCCUUUUCAUGUUAUCCAGCAUAAUGAUAUAGUUGACUAAGAUACCGUUAACCCCUGAUAACUUGAACCCUGGAUUUCCAUUAUACAUCUGUUAAAGCAUGACAAAUCAAAGCAAGCAGUGUCCUGCAGUUGAAAACAUUAAAUUUGGUUUGAACCAACCAAUUUGUAAUCUGUGUUCUCUUUUGCGCUAAUGUGUCUGUCCAGUUCAGUUUUUAUUGGUGUGGCGACAUUUAACAAUAGCAGCUGUAUCUUCAUAAAUAGUGGCUGCUUAAGUCAAUCAUCAUUAUAUGUAAGUCUCUGAUGUCUCUCGAAGUGCAGUGUAUGAAUAGAAAAACAAUAUACAACUUUUUUCCUUUAUCUCCACUCCUUUGUUUUCAACUCCUGUCAACUGGAACCUUUUUCAAGGUUUGACUUUAGUUAUAAUUCACUGAUUUGGAAUUUUCAAAAAACUGAUUUAAGCUUAUAAUAAAACUUUUCCAACCUCAAGGAAAUGGAGGGAGUUCGAUUAAUGGAACUUCAACGUCAUGGAAAAGAAGUACAAGAACUAAAAAGAACAAAAACUGAACUUGUGGCUUUGCAGAUACAGCUACAACAGAAAGUUGCUCAAAGGGAGGAGGAAAUCACAAUUCUUCGGCAGACAUGUCAAGGUCUUGACAAUGUGGUAUGUAAAUUAGUUGAUCUCAUAUAGCACUUUCAUUCCAGGAUGUCCCUUUUAAAAUAGGUGUUGAACAGUGAGUUUUUUCCCCUUCUUCACUGUGUUUAAAUAUGUGAAGGUUGCCAAGGGUUAAAGGUUGUGAAUUUUUUUUUUUAAGAAAUUUUUUUCCUCCGGUUUUAAUUGGAUAGUGCCUUUGCUUUUUAGGACGUUAAAAGACUUGACAUAGAAAAUGAUGUUAGGGGACACUUCUGGAAACAGUCAGCAGAGAAGAGAACUGCACCAGAUCAAAAGUUAGGAAGUAGCUAGUUCUUAGAAAAUAUUUGUCUCCUGCAUAUAAACAGUUUAAUAUUAAUAAUUGCACACAUGGUUCAUAACCAUACAAACAAACAGCAUAUAAAUAUUAUUGAGGUAGUCCUGAAAACUAAUUUGGCCAAAUUUGGACAGUUUGCGAGAGAGUUAAUUUCAGAGAUGUAUAUAUUCAACCAUUUUAUCUAUGUAGACCAUUUUAAGCAGUUUGACCAUUUAACUGGAUGGACUAAUCAAUUCCCCCCAGACCAUUUUAAGCAGUUGGACCAUUUUAUCCAAUAGAUCAUUUUAAACAAUAGGAUCAUUUAACCAGUUGGACCAUUUCCUCUAGUUACACCAUUUUUACCAGGUGGAGCAGUUUAUCUAGUUGGACCAUUUUAAUCGGUAGACCCAUUUUUGCUGGUUUAUCCAUUUUAAGCGGUUGUAUUAUUGUGACCAGUUGGACCAUUUAGUUGGAUCAGUUUGACCUAAUUAGACCUUUUCUACCAGUUAGAUCAUUUUAUCUUAUGAGACCAGUUUUUCUAAUCAGACCAUUUUAACCAGUUGGACCACUUUAUCUCAUUGGAUCAUUUUAACCAAAUGAACCAUCAUAACCAGUUGCAUCAUUUUAUCUAGUUAGAUCAUGUAAUGCAGUUGGGUCAUUUCAUUUAGGUACCUCACUUUCAUCUUUUGGACAAUUUUAACAAGUUGUAUCAAUUAAGCUAGUUAGACCAUUUUAAAUGGUUGAAACAUGCAAAAGCUGUGGGUCAUACACUUCACUAAGUGUGUAAGAGAAAUAUGACCAUUGGAAUUGAAUUUUGGUCCAUUCUGUUCCAUUACAAAGAGAUUUUGUCUGCAGAUGAAUGAGAGUGGCUCAGUUGAAAAAUUACAGCUCUGCAAAGUUUAUUCAAGCAAAUUUACUUUCUCUUGAAAAACUUUUAUGACCAUAAUGAAGACUUUCAAAAGCAAAAAAAAUGUCUAAAGGGGGUAAGUUUCUAGAGAAACUGUGGUGCUGCGUUGGCAGGAGGGUAUAUCAGCUGAGGGUAAUUUAGUGUUAUCAACUAAGUUGGUAACACAAAUUGGCCACCAUAAAGAGCUAAAUAGCUGACAUUUCAAGCAUUAACCCUUCUUCAUGGCAAUGGAAUUGCUCUGACAAAGGGCUAACACUCAAAAAGUCAGCUUUUAAACUCUUUACGGUGGCUAAUCUAUGUUAUCAACUCAGUAGUUGUAGUCUUUGUCAAUGAGUGACCAUCCUUGACAAAGGGUGGUUGUUUGAGAGAGGAAUCAAAACAAUGAGUCAAAUAAUAGAUGGAUCCACCAUUACUCUUUAUUACUUUAUCAGUUCUAAUAGAAUAAAUUCUAACCUGCAAGAUAAAUUGUUUCUGCUGCUUAGUUAUUAAUUUGCACACAUUGUCAAGGUGGAAACUUAGAAAGAUAGUAUUAAAAAAUUGUGUAUUAGACUUGGCAAUCAGGGCCCACCCAAUUUUGAAUGUAGCAACUUCUUGGCAAAUUAUGCCAGAAGCCAUGCUCAACAAUGCUGCAUGCCCUUGAUAUUUUGGGUAUGCUGACAUUCAGACAAAAACAAAAAGAGACCUCAUUGCACUAGAGUCACAGUUUUAAUGGUUGCCUCAGUCUAUUAGCAGUAAUAACUGAAAGAUUUUAUUACUUAUCCGCAUCAACACCUAAAACAAUAACAGCUAAAAAUAAAGCAUUCAGACACUUAUUAAAGAAAAAGAAAGGGGACCUUUGAGAACGCUAUCUUUCAGGUUUUCGGAUGUAAUUGACAGCUAUGAAUCAAAGAUCUUUGAAAUGCAGCAGGAACUUAAAAAGUUGAAAAAAGAAAUGGAUAGUAAGACUCUGUCUCAUGUUGGAAGUCAAAGCCCUACUGAAAGUGAGUUGACUGCAGGAAGUGAAGUACCUCCAUCAUAUGCAGACAUCAAUACUUCAACCAGUAAAGAUAGAAAGACUGAACGUAAAAUACAGAAAGAAGAAAAGGUACAGGUGAGUCAAGUGGAAAAUGAAUGAUUCUCUCCUUCUUUAUGGCUUUGGUUAUACCUUUAUUAACCUUUUUGUUACCUUCCCAACCCAGAUAUUGCACAGUAAAUGUAUAAUGCUUCCAAGUAACAAGGAAUGAUGGAAAGAGGAGUUCACAAUUUUUUUCUCUGCUAUAACCUUACAAACCAAGCUUUUCAACAGACAAGAAACUAGGCAAAUUCUUUCUAAAAAUAUGGAGUGUAGAGUAAGGGCCAAUAUUAACUUAGUACAAUCCUAAGAAACUAUAUUAGUAACUCUUAAGGUUUACAUAAUUUCUAUAGUUGUUUGUUUUGGCAGUUAUUUGGAGCCCUUUUAAGUUUUUUUUGUGGCAAAACAAUAGCUGGCUGACUGGAUUUCCCCUUGCCCUCUCUAUGAUCUGACAUAGAAUACCAACUAAGAUAAAUACACACUCUAAAGGCCAAUAAGAACUGAUCAAUAAUAUUAACUGAAGAUUAUCAUGAAAAUGAAGAGGUUUUAUCUCACUUUUCCCAUUUACCCAGUAAUAGAGAUUUUUGCAUGCUAUGAAUUUACAGAACUGCCAAUGUUCUCUCUGUAAUUAAAUAAAAUUAUUUGACCACUGCUUAUUCAUACAUGUAUACUGCAUCUCUGGCACUAGCCAAUUCAAGUUUUUAAGUCAAGUGAAAAGCUAACAUUGUACUCAUCUGAAGUUAUCAACAAGUUAAUUAAAAUUAACAAGUGUUCUAAGUGUGUGAUCCCAAUGGAAUGGCAGAGAUGAUGGUCAUAGGUUCCUUUAGGCUGAUUAAGCAUUGAAUAAGCUGAUACUUUGAUUGGGCAAUGCUUACCUCCUUUAAAAUAUCUAGAACAUUUCAUCCCUUUUUCUGUCUGCCUCCAGCUGACUGUUUCUUUUUGUUCACCAAAAAUAGAGCAGGUGCUGGUAGUUGAGAUUCAAAUGACAAAAAAAUAGGUGGAACAUGAUUCCUUUAGUGGAGGCAAACAACCCUUUAAUUUCUGCCAUCUUGUAAGAUUUUUUCCAGUUGCCAGUUGAUUCUGGGAACUUUGCAACAAUAUUUACUUAUUUAGGUUCACUGGAAUCAUUGCAAACUGAAACUGUAGAAUUUAAGGCUCAAAGACUAAUGAUACAGUUAGCACCCCAUAUAAAACCAGGAGUGAGUUAAGAACCUACAGCCUCUAAUAUAGUCUCUGACAUGUUCAUGAUAGUAUUCUCUCAAUGGCAAAUCUUGGUAAUGCAACUGUUAUACACUGUGGUACCAAUUUUAUCUGUGUUCAUUAGAUAAAAAGUAAUCACAGCAGCUUCUAACAUCAUAACUUAUCCAAAUUUGCACCAAACUGCAAACAACAGUUUUCUGGGGUUCAUAACAACAUCUCUAAGUGGUUACUCAUGUGAACUUGAAAGGGCAAACACAUGAUCUGUCAAUCCAGGUGUUUUUCCAUCUCUGAAUUUGAAUAUUUUGUGACCAUUCACCAUAAUUCCAAAAGUAUAGCAAAAAUAUAACACAUUGCUGAGAGCAGUGAAAGUGUUUCUCUUAAGGUGAGUGUGAUUGUAAGAAUGUUCCAACCUCUUUUACACACAAAUUUUCCAUGGAUGAUUAUCUAUAAGUGAUGGUAAUGAAAAAUUUCAAGUGAUGGAUUUGACAGAAGGAUGAGAUGAGAGAUGGUUAUCAAGAUUCAUUAGUAUUAUUUUGAGAAUAAUAGAGAACAGCUUUAUGUCCACAGGUAUACUUAAUUAUUCUUACUCUGACAUUUACCCCUGAUUUUUAUAUUUAUGAUUUGGUACUUGAAUAUCAUAGUGAACUCACUGUUGCUUGUUUUUGGGUCAGUCUACAGAGAAGCAGCUCAAAGAGUGUAAGAUGUUGAUCAAACUUCUUGAGAGUGAAAACACCCAACUCAAACUUGAGCUGGAAUCCAGGUCAUUUACAAUUGUUGUAAUUUUUACAAAGAAAUAGGGUGUUUCUAAGUGUGUUUGGUUUCUUCAAUAACUUUCUGAUAUAAUUGAUUCCUUUACAUAAAUGCUUCUAAUUGAUGAAUUUGAACAAUAAAAAGGUAAUUUUGUUCAAGGUGUCCAUUACUUCACCAAUGAGAAAAAGUAUAGACAAAGUGAAACACUGAAACAUUAAAAAAGGAAAAAUGUUAUGUUUGUUUGAUUCCCCUGUCAUUCUCUAUUCCAAUUCCAUUAUGAUGAUUAUUAUUUUAUAUAUGUUUUGUUAUGUUGGGAUUAAUUUUUCUUGGUUUGGUACCAGAUUGUGACAUGAUAUUUGGGGCACUGUGAUACUUUAACCUUGAAUCAACAAAAUCAUGGUGUUGCUCCAAAGUUUUACUGUAAUAUUGGCUGGGCUGGAAAUGUUAAUUGGUAUAGGGGAGAUUAGUGUAUCCAAAAUUGUUUGAUAGAAAUUUUAUUGCUAGCUAUAUGCCUCAUCUUUUUAAUUCUCUAGACCUAAAUUCAGUGAUUGGAAGAAAGUGCAAAAAUACAAUAAACAGCUCGAAAGACUUCUAGCUCAAAAUAACCUGAGGUAUCUAUCAACUCAUGUUAAAUUUUAUUUUUCAUGUAUUCAGAUAUAUUUUUUAUCCUAAUGACCAAUGGAUAGGCAUUUGCUACAACUAAAUGAAAAGUUCCCUCUUAUUGUGACCAUGACAAGUUUGAAUCUUUGGUACAUGAAAUAAAUAUUAACCUCAUUCUCUCCUUACCUUCACCCUUUUUUUUUUUUUUUUUUUUUUUUUUUUGAGAAAUCAAAACUUGCAGACUAAGCCAACUGCAAAUUGGGAGCUGGUCCUUAUGUUGGUUUGCAAUAAAACCAUGAAGUAACUAAUCAACAUGAUGACCAGUUCUCACCUGGCUUGUUAGCUCAUUUGGUAGAGCAUGGAACCUGUAUUGCAAAGGUCAUGGGUUCAAAUCCCGUACAGGCAUGGGUUUUUUUCAGGCCUUAUUUUUACUAGUGCUUAAAUUGUAUUUAUUACAUAACUACAAGGUCGUUUUCAUAUUCAUAUCUUGAACCACAGUUCACAUAAAUGAUUUUCAUAUAUUAACAGCCAUCUCAUAAUUCACUUUUUAAUAACUGUUAGUUUCUGUACAGUUCUCAAUUUUUAUUCUGGAUCCAAUGAGAUGUUUCUGAAUUAUUUUACCUUUUUACUCUCAGAGCGAAUUGAUAGUUAUGUGUUAGUUUCUGUACUACAUUAUGCUAUUGUAAAGAUUAAUAUACAUAAUUUUUCCUCUAGUCCACCUCACAAAAAACACAAGGAUGGAGGGUCUAAAAUGGAUGAUGUGACUUCUUUGAAAAAAAGAUACAGCAAACAUGUAAGCUUAGCAAGACUGAAAUGGUAUAAUGCAAUAAAAUAUACUGGUACUUAGUUGAUUAAAAUGUCUAUUGACCUGUUCUUGUGGUUGGUGCAAUAUCCUAAUCAAUAACACCCAUUUCACUCCACAGCUUAUACUAGGUUAACCAUGAUCAUUAUGAUAUAGUUUUGUUUAAAUUUUUUGGAAAAUAGUUUGUGCAUCUAUUUUCUAAUUCAAUGUUAGUAUCAUGCUUAAUUUAAGUUUUAACAAAAUCAAUUUAUCAAAGUUCUGAGGUACAUGUAGUUUUUCAGGUUCAAAUGUGUGCAUGAAAUGAAAAGUUCAAACUUUGAUGUGAUCCUGAGGUUUUAGGAGGUUACAGUGUAAGGUGAACAAACAAGAGAACAGAAAUGCUUAAAAACUAAUGAAAAAAGAAAUUAUACAGAUUGUUUUCAUCUGAAUUCUUUGAAGCAGUUUCAUACAGUAACUAUGAUCAUCCUAAGAGUUACUCUAAACAAGACAGUUGUGUGGUAAUAAGGAAAGAAUGAUGGUACAAAAAGACUGAGUUGAAAUUUUCACCACAGGAUACCAAUAGCUCUAGAUGUAUUUUUAAAUGUUUGUUGAAUUUGCUAUUUCCAUUGAAAUGAGUGUCAUUCAAGACUGGCAAAGUGAAUAACACAUCUCUGUUUAUUUUCUGGUUUGCCAUUAACUUUUCUUUUUGGUAAGAAUGAAAUCUUACAAGAUAUGUUUUAUCUAAAGGAAGAACUGAGUUGUUUGCACAAAUGCAUGAAGAUAAGAAAAGAUAGAUGAGGUUUUGAUACAAUCAUCAUUGAAAUUGAAAAAAAAACAGGCCAAAUACAGAAUCAUGUUAGUCCAUGCAUUUUAUUUAUUCUUAAUGAGUCUGAGUCUAAAAAAUUAGUAAAAUAAAUUACUCCUUUUUGCCUGAUGGGAACCUCUCAUUUGCUAAACAAAGAAUUCCAUGAUUUCAAGUUUAGCUAAGGGAAUGCUAUUAUCAAGAAAGCUUUUAUGAUGGAAGGCUAAUCAAAAGGUCCAAAAAUAUUCCACGAGUGUGUAGUUUUGCUUCACAGCCCCAUAGAAUUAUUAUCAAUACUGUAAUAAGCAAAAGGUGAGAUGGCAAUAAUUGAUUUCUUGUACUAUGGAAUGGAAGACAGGUAGGCAUAAUAGGCAAGACCUUAAAAAAGAGCACAGCCAACACUUUUUUAUGAUAACAGAUAACAGACUAAUUGUGUUAAACUUUAUGUUAUCUGCAUUGAACCAAGUGUAUCUAGAAAGAAAAAAUUGGAACAAUUGGAUUGCGGUUAUAACACUGAAAAAUCUAAAAUAACUAUAUGGGAUGCCUUUGGCACCACAUUAAAAAUUUGCAUGUGUCAGCAUAGUUAGGUAUGGAAAUUUGAGCAACAAGCUUGUACUUCUCACUGAAGUUAAGCUCUAUUGGCUGAGGUAACUACUUGGAUGGGUGACUGGGCAUCAUAUCCUGUGUUGUUGAAGUAUUUUUGCUUGUCUUUGUUUUUAUUUGAUUAGUCAGAAUAACAUUAUUUUCCCCAUAAAGCCACUGAGAGUGACUGUAGAUAUGACCAAUGCAUCCCAAAGUAAACCUCCGAGCAUCUUGUUCUCAUUAGAAUGCCUUAAAACUCCAUUGCUUGCAUUGAGAGUAGAAAUAAUUUAUUGUCAUUUCUGCUAUUACUGAUCUUUUACGUUAUCGUUAAAGGUAGAAGAUCUUGAUUUUAUGCCCAUUGAUGCAUGCCGAAAACAUUUGAAGGUAAGACUCUUAAAAAGGUAUUGUAUAGAGAAUGUUCCUUUGGCUGUUUAGCUUUUUUUGUUUGAUUAUGUGGCUUUUUUUUUCUCCUUUAUUAGGAAGUGUGUUCUGGGCUAAGAGUCACUGACCUCAGAGAUAUCACAGAGAAAAUAAACUCGCUGAAUAUCAUUGCAGAGAAUCAUUUACCCAUGGAAAAGGUUGGUUUACUUAAUGAGUGCUGUACACAACUCACAACUAGGUGUUAACUUUCUCAAAGUAUUUUUUUUUCAGAUUACUUAAUAUUUUAUGAGGCGUGUUAAUUAGCUACCUUCUCUUUCAAGUCGAUUUUAGACAUUUGGUUUCUUACGAAUUUGACCUCAUAGGGUUAUGUAUCAUUGUAAAUGGAACUAAGCUUGCCUGCCCUGUAAAAACUGAACCAUAAUAUGUUGUAUGAUCAACUUCUAUGUUCAUAUCGUGAAUAACACAACACCCCCCUGUGGGAAGGGGGAGGAGGUACCUAAAAGAGAGGUGUACCACCCAGUUCACCUAAAAUCUUAACCCUAUUGUUUUAUAAGUAAACUUGCCACUUUUCACACCCCUUUUAAAACUUGGCUACUAGAUCUAUUUCCAGACAUGGCUUCUGAAAGUUGUAUCAUACUUGGUUUAGGAAUCCACUUUGCUUUGUUCUAUGGGGCAAUUAACUUCCUUAGAGACAAUCUCUGGUUUGCAUAACUUUUGAUAAUUUUCCACUCCUAUCUCACCCAAACAGUUUAAAUGAGGCCAUGAAAACAUGGGAAAAGAUCUUGUUUUUUAAAGGAAUUGUUCUCAAGAAUAUAAGAAAAUCUAAACCAAAGAAACUUUGCCUAAAGCUGCAUGCUCUUAUAUUAACACACCUGUCAACUAAAGAGAGUGUGCCAGGUAUGUCAGUUAUUUUGAAAUUUUUAUUCUAGAUCAUGCAAGACAUCAUGGAUAUUAUUAACUCAAAGGAUACCCCUAACUUAUCAGUUGAAAUUCUGCACCAAAAUGGUGCUUCACAUAAAUCCCACUGUGAAAAGGCAUGGCAGUGUAUUGUUCCAACUCUGAACCUCUGGCUUACACAACUUACAGGACUUCAAGUAAGCUAUUAAAAAUUCUACACAAUUGCUUUCCAAUCUAUUUGUGAGAGUUUAGAGCUUAAAUGAAGAGUUUUUUUUUCUGCAUCAUACAAUGAUGCCAAUUAUAUAUAUCAUACUUGUAAACCUGACGGAGUUUUUGAUGGGACAAAACACUUGCAGACUUUCCUGCAACAUUGAAAAUUGAAUGCAUAGAAAGUUAUUUGCAAUGGAGGUGAUAAGCAACAAUAAAAAGUCAGUCAAUGUUAUCACACUAAAUAAUAGAGCAACAUUUUGAAACUGACUACCAUCUUCUGACAGCUGUUGUGAUCUCUUAUUGUAUUUUUAGGAUCUUCAGGGACCAAUCAAUCAACUGUCAUUUAACUUGAUGCCAUGGAAAUCAAACACAUUGUUUGAAGAGGACGAUACCAGACCUUUAACAGUACAGAGAAUCAAAGAGGCACUUGAGUUUCUUUGCCUUGAAACUAGAGUCAGCCCAAGUGAGAUACAGACUCACACUGCAGAAGAAAUAUCACUGGAUCAUCUAAAAAGCAUUGUUGCUCACUUUCAGAAGCUGUUUGACUUAAACACUGUCAGUGGAGUAUUUACACGAAUGAAUGAGCUCUAUAUGCGGCUUGGAGAAACAUGCAAUGCAAUGAAUAAUAUGCGAGAAUUUCUUGGCUUAGGUGAGAUUAUUUACCAAAGAAUUCUGUGAAAUGUAAUCUCCAAAUUUAAAUUUUGAAGAUCUGCUAGAUUCGUGUUAUCCAGUUAGAUUAAACUGAAUGCCAUUGAGGUGUGGCCUCUCUUUGAUAACUAUAAAAUGGUCCAGAUUAUGGCCAUUCCAAGUUAUAAAAUUCUUUUAAAUAGAACAGCAUGUUGCUGCUUUUAAGAUUUGUUACCCUAGAAUUAAUAUAUUAUUAUGACUAUUAUUAUUAUUAUUAUUAUUAUUAUUAUUAUUAUUAUUAUUAUUAUUGUUAUUGUUGUUGUUGUGGCUACAUCAUGUAGUUUUUGGUAGGUAUGACCCUUUGAUUCUCCUGUUUGGGUUGAAUGCACACCAUUGCAAACAUUGGAUUAGGUUAAGGGAAAUAUUUUGAUUUUUCAUUGGAAAGCAUGCAAAGGCAGGUAACUGUUUCUCAAGGCUGACAAUUCACAACAUUUGGUAGAAUGUUUCCAUAUGGCAGUGCUCUCUUGCAUCAACUAGUAAACUGUUACAGGCCAGUUUUAACGGACAUUUUCUUUUUACUCUAGAUCCAACUUGCAAAACUUCUGAUGUAGUGAAUGCAGUUUCUAAACUGAGUAAAGCUAGACAUCUCUUGAAAGUCGAGGACCUUCCUAAGUAAGCCAAGGCCAUUUAUAUUCCUUCCUUUUAUUCAUUUGUUAUGCAGUUCUUCAUAUGAAUAUAUCAGAGUUGGUGGUAAAAGAUCUACUAGGAGUCAAAGAUGUAGCAAAAACAAAUUUUGAAAAGCUGAUGUUGAUUGAUGCAUUGAUAAGCUGUCCAUCCCCAUCCACCUCAUCCUGAGUCAAUGAGUAUUUAAAUUAUGACCACUGCUCUUUCUCUUUCCUUUCUUCUUUUAAUGUGCUCCUCACCAUGCACCUUUUUGUGCUCUGCUCACAUCAUCAUGUAUGGCCUUCACCUAAGGGUUUUUUUUAAAAGUUUCAAUUUACUGCAUGCUAAGGGUUAUAUAAGCAGUGCCUCCUUUUCAGUGAAGUCCAUUGCACAAGUUAAAAGAAAACAGAGAAAUCAGUGAAAAAAAUGCCACUCAAGAGCCCUUGGAGUGACAUUGAUGCACUGCGGAAGCUCCAUGAUUAAGGUGCUUGAAGAGUAGGGACUACAGACUAGGUCCAAGAGGUUGACCUUGCACUGCUGAGUGGUUUUCAGGUGUCAAAUUUCAAUUUCAAUCUCAAUCAGGCAUAACCAAUGAGAUAUCUCACCUUAAUUACCAGUCAAUCUUCAUGUCAUUGCAACAUGAGUGAUAUUGGAAAAUUAAACCAUUUCAAAUUUCGAGGUGCACAAUAAACUGGAGUUCUGUUAAAUGUUUCAGUAAGAUCAGUCUCACAGACAAAACUCCUAAGAAGAUAAUUAGGAAGGGUAGGCUGGUCAAGGAACCAGCAUGGAAUAACUUUUGCCAUGUGUAUGCUUGUAAUUUGUUUCAGAAAUAGCAUUCAUACAGUCUUCAUCCUUUUAUGAUAACUUUACCCCUGGAAGGCCACGUUCACUGAGUUUGCCAACUUGUUCUACCACAGUGCUGCUAAGCUGUGAAAUUAGAAGAACACAUGCUUUAAGAUGAAAAAAGGUUUUGCAAAAGGGCCUUACCUGGUAAAUAAGGCUCUUUCACAAGCAGGCUGGCAAAAUUGUGAGAACAAACUUGCCAGUGAUAAGAACAUCUAGCACCUCAGGCGCUAUAGAUGCUCUAGUUUAAGCAAAUGUCAGACUUUGCCAAAAAGGAAAGACAGCUUGUAGUCAAUAUUUUAUUUGCUUAUUCAUUUGACACAUCUCACUAUAUUGUUUUAUCAUGUUCAAUUUGUGCCAUUUAACCAAAGGAAGGAGAUUGCUUUCAGGAAAAAAAAAAAUUUUGUGGGCCCAUUUCUAGAUGUAUUAAUCUUCCUGACUGUUCAUUUUUUAAAAACUUGGUUUGAGGAUUUCCUCUACUGUUUCAAACUAAAAGUUUCAAGAAUUUACCUCGAAAAUUGGCCCUGGCUUCCUCUUAGAAUCUAGGAGGUUAUGAAUGCAAGAAGAGAGGGGGAUACAGAAAGAGCAGUAUUCAUUUGAAAAAUGCUUAUUGACUGAGUUUAAGGUUGGUCUGAGCAGGAAAAUACUUAGCCCGAUACCAUGACAUAAUUAUGAGCACCACAAGGUUCAUACAUCGUGACCUAGAGGUAAAUAUUCCCCCAUUUAGCCCAACCUCACUCUGUCUCAUAAGAUGAUGCAAACCAAAAUCUAUUUGCAUACAAAAACCUAUAAUAAGCUUUGGCAGUUUAUCAAUCAUCGUCAGAUAAAUUUGUAUCUUAAGUGGCAUGACUCCUGCUUACUGCAGGGACCAACAUGUCUAGUACAACCUUGGUGAGCUUAGUUCUUUAUUCAAGACAUAAGGAACUCUCUUCAACAUAAUUAAUUAUCGAAGAUACAAAACCCAUCUUUCUUACAUGUCAAAGACUUAAAUACAUGCAUGAAACUGAGAUCAAAAUAGCCUGUGCCAAGUUCUUGGUAAGUACAAAAGAGCAAAAAAAGCAGGCAUGUAAUUAAAAAGGGCAAGGUUUGGGUAACAGCUGCUGUUUGUAAUUCUUCUGCCCCAACUGAGAGCUUAAAAGUAAGCUUUGAUUUAAGGCAAAUUAAUUUUCUCCCAAAAAAUUCUAAUCCUGAUAAAAUCUAAUUGGACAACUUUUCUACAAUUUGCUCAGCCACAGUACGGUACCUGUUUUAGUUGCAGUAAAAUAGCUACUUCCAAGAGUCAGGUAUUUAAUCAUUGAUUUGAAAACCUUGACUACUUGAUCACAUUAUGUAUUUUUGUUCAUCAUUAGCAUUAUGAAACGCUUGGAUCAGUAUGAUGAGUUCUACCCAGCUUUCCAAUCAAUGAUUUCUGAGUUGAAAAAUCUGUUGAGUGAGUAACUGUUUUGUGAGAAAUUGUACCAGAAUGUAGAAUCAUCUGUCUGUACAAAUGUAAAUAAUUAUGUAUCCUUAUUUGGUUCUUUUUUGUAUUUGUUUAAAUUUUUUUUUUAUUUUAUAGUUAUAGUUUUCUUGAUUUUCUACUACAUAACCUGGGGGGACACCGAUUUGCUGUUUAUGUCAUGCAGAUUAAAAUAUAUGAAUUUGAAAGAGUUUUGUAAUUUUAGUUUGAAAAUGUUGUUUUUUCCUUUUGCACUAUCUGUUUCUUAAUUAUGGUGGCAACUUACUGAAGGUUUUGAACCCCUUACUGUAUUCAGAAGCAUUUUUGUUGGAAAAUGGGAAGACUAUAAGGUUGGUGGGUUCUUUAGCUUCAGUAAAAUUACCCCAUUUAAUGUUUUAAAGCCCGUAAGAAUGUUAUUUGUGAGUCAUGUACAAAUGCUUUUGCUUUACCAUUGCAGGAGUUCAAGACAUGGAUGAAAUUGUCACAGCUGUAACAGCACUCAUCAAGUUUCCACCCUAUUGACUUUGCUAAGUUUUCCUUACAACCCUUUUACAUUUAAAAAAAUUAUAUCACUGAGCAGAUAAUGAAGUGCCUUGUUCCCCACAGUACCCUAUUCUAAUUCUGUAGUGUUAAUUUUCACUCAAUAACCUAUUUAGGCCAGGACCCAAAUGGCCCAGACACAAUGUACUUUCUCUUAGUUUUAAGGUGACAGACUAUGUCAAUUGUAUCACAUCAUAACAAUUUGAAAUCUUUCUUAUUAAACCACAG